AUGGCGGACAACGAACUUGGGUUUAUGCAGCGCUUCAAGGCCUCCUUCUCCAGAGAGCUGCGCGCGGCCUAUCGAUAUGCUCUGCAACCCUCGAGGGCUGGUCGCCCUGCAUACGAAGCGGUAUCCUACGGGCUCAUCAACGUCGUCAUUACCCAACACUGCAGGGAGAUGGUCUUGGCCCGCGACGCCGCGUCAGACACGUUGACCAUCACGGUCCCGCAAGGGCGGGUAGAGAAGGUUAAAAGCUACCGUAUUCCCGACUUCUUCGUUCAGUUCAUGAAGGAUACCCCCGGGCCGCGGGAGUACAUGUACUUCUGGGAAGUCAAACGACCCGUUCUCUUGGAUGCGGCAGAAUCCGAGGUUGCCGACGAGGACUGGGCCACCGGCGAAGUUAGCCCCAUAGAGGAGGAGGACGAAGAGGACGAAGAGGAGGACGAAGAAGAAGAGAAGGACGACGAAGAAGAGGAGGAGGACGGAGGCGGGAAGGAGGAAGACGAGGUGAAGGACGACGACGACGUGAGGGGAGAGGGCGACGACGGCGAGGGCGAAGGCGACGAGGGUGGCGGCGGCGACGAGGAGGAGGACGACGAGGGCAAUCGCGAGGAGGAACCACCGACUUUUGAAGAUCAGUUCAUUCAGGAGUACGAGAAACUUUACGACAGCGAGAUCUAUAAGCAGAUCCGUCAGCAAGCCGAGCACACCUUCUCUCAAGAGGUCGAACAGGAUUUCGUCUUCAUUUUCAGCUCCUCUGGCGGCUACUUUUCCUUGACCGUGUUCAUGAAGAACAGUGGUGACGACGGCGCAGAAGCCAGACGCGCACGCCUGAAUGAGUAUUGGGCAUGGCGACCGGUGGUGGAGGCGCACACAACGGCUUUUCAUACCGCACGAGUCCAGAAAAUCGAGGAGGGCGCCGCCAAGGACAGCUUCUGGAAGACGUUAGAUCCCGAGGAGAAGGAUGCACGUUUGGGUCCUGUCAAAGAUACGUUGCAGCAGGCGUACGAUAAUCGACACGAGAUCGUGUACCACGCGACCGAGAUGUUUGAGGAUAUCUCCGGCAAUAUGCGGCCAAGCGUAUGGCUCGUCCACGCCCUCAGUAUCGUCCAGAAAGCUAGCGGCUUUGUUAUCCCGGCUGGAUCGCUCCAGGAUGAGUGGUCACACUUCUCGACAGACGACGUCCCGGCGCCGGUUCUCGAUGAAGCAGCUCUGACGCGUAUAAAGGGCGGUGCGCUACCUUACACGGUCAGAGAUGCAUUCACCCAGUUCGAAAAUAUGAUUCGUCCGCCAUUGACCAAUUCGAGGGAGGGUUCUAGGUCCAAGAGGCCCACGCCCAGGGGCUCAGGUGCCCAGACGCCUCUAUUAGGCGGAGAUCUAGGGCCAGCGGGUGGAACUCGUAGGCAGGCUGCGAGACAGGCGGGAGGACCCGAGAUGGACGAGUUAGCCCGGCGCAUGGGUGAGCUGCGUACCGAGGGCUUGCGUCGAUCUACCAGGGUCACUGCCGCUGGCACGUCCACACGCGAUUCCUCGGGGUCGCCGGCUCCUAACCGAGGCGGGCGUUGA